UGGAAUCAACGUCGAACUGAUCCAUUUGGUCCUUUGCUCCUCACCGUCCAACACCUUUCCCUUAACGUUGAAUAUUAAAGCUAGCCAAGAUGGGUGGUGGAGACUUAAACAUGAAGAAGUCUUGGCACCCGCUCCUGCUUAAGAAUCAGGAGCGGGUCUGGCUCGAGGAGAAGAAGGCUCUCGAGGAAAAGAAGAAACUUGAUCAGCUGCGUAAAGAGAAGGAAGAGGAAAGGCAGCUACAGGAGCUCCAACGUUUGCAAGAAGAGCAGACGGGAAAGAGAAAGACCGAGAAGCUAGAAUGGAUGUAUGCGACACCCGCGACUGGGAUCAAUCAGAACGCAAACGAUUUAGAGGACUACCUGCUGGGUAAAAAGCGGGUUGACAAGAUCUUGACGGCCGAUGAGAACGCACAGCUUGGCGCCUCUCACAAGAACUUCAUCGCUAUUCAGAAUGCUAACAAUGUUCGAGAUAUUGCCGCAAAGAUUCGUGAAGACCCGUUGCUCGCUAUCAAGCAGCAAGAACAGGCUGCAUACCAGGCACUCAUGUCUAACCCCCUCCGUCUUCGUGAAAUGCAGGAACGGAACGGUAUAAAGCCAAAGAAAGACAAGAAAGAGAAGAAGCGAGAGAAGAAGGAAAAGAAAGAACGGCUUGCCAGGGAACGAUUGGACCGUUCAAGGUCAAGAAGUCCUGUAGGGGAAUACAAUAGGAACGAUCGCCGGUAUGAUGCCGACGAUGACCGCCAUUAUCGGAGACGAAGCAGAAGCCGCUCUCCUGCUUACCGCAGAGGUCGUGACUCUCUCGACGACGGCGUCCGAACUUGGCCCCGCUCGGACGAAUCAGACGACAAUGGCUAUGGUCGUCGCAGAAGCAUCGAACGUAGUGGCAAACGAAUGGAAGAUGAUAGAAAACGGAGACGCAGUCCUAGCCCCCUGCAUCGUAACUCAUACCCGAAGCGCUCACGCUACAGUCCUCCAAGAUCUGAUUCCCGCCCCGGACCUUCCGCCAAGAAGCAGCCAUCCAAUACUGCUGAUGACCGUGCCGCAAAGCUGGCCGCCAUGCAGUCGGGUGCCGCAAGCAUGGAGGUAGAGCGACAGCAGCGGCUCAUGGCAAUGCUUGAGAAAGAGAAGGCUGACCUCGAAGUGGAAGAGCGAGCCCGCGCAAAGUCAAAGGGCAUGGGUGGCUUCUUGGGGCAAGAACAGAAGAAGGUCUUUGGCGGCGUGGGUGGUCUAGAAGACAGGCUCAGACGGGGAAGAGGCGGACUAGUUGCCGACGCGGACUGAGAUUCAUCCUGGUUGGUCUUCACUACUGAGCGCUUAGCUUUGACCGCUCCUUCCGUGGCUACAUAAGCAAGAAUCGCACUCAUGAGCACUUAUGGUAACCCCAAUCGCGGCCGAAUUCUGAGGUUGUCACCGCAGUUCCUGUCUCCGGUCUGAGGGAUUCCGAGGAACAGCUCACAGCUGUUUCGACUCAUCAACAAAAAAAGGCUGCUUGUGAGGUUGAAGACGAUUGCUACAGCCGGUCAUGAUUGUCCUCGAACUACAUAGAGAAUCCAACCCUGACUAUGUAUCUUUCCACUAAGUCAUCGAUAUUCAUUGACUGAGCAACACGGUCAGCGGUCAUCGCCGUUCCCACUCUGAG